AUGACAAGGAAGAAGGUGAAGUUGGCAUACAUCACCAACGACUCGGCCAGGAAGGCGACCUUCAAGAAGAGGAAGAAGGGGCUGAUGAAGAAGGUGAGCGAGCUGAGCACCCUGUGCGGCAUCGACGCCUGUGCCAUCAUCUACAGCCCCUACGACUCCCAGCCGGAGGUCUGGCCCUCUCCCGCCGGCGCCCACCGCGUUCUCUCCAAGUUCCGCAAGAUGCCGGAGAUGGAGCAGAGCAAGAAGAUGGUGAACCAGGAGAGCUUCCUUCGCCAGCGCAUCUCCAAGGCCCGCGACCAGCUCAAGAAACAGCUCAAGGAGAACCGCGAAAAGGAAGUCGCCAACCUCAUGUACCGCGCUCUCGCCGGCAAAGCCUCUCUCCACGCCCUCUCCCUUCCCGACCUCCACGACCUCGGCUGGCUCCUCGACCAUUACCUCAACGACAUCCACCGCCGCAUGGACUCUUUUGGUUUGUCCGGCGGUAGUGGUAGCAGCGGCGGGAGUACUGGUGGUGCUGGAGAGAGUAACCAUCAGCAGGACCACCUGCAGGCGGCUUCGGCCGUGGGGCCGGAGGUUGGGAAUUUGGGGGCGGAGGCGAUGCAGAGUCACCGGUGGCUGAUGGAGCUGCUCAACUCGUCAAGCGUGAACGGGGAUCAGAGUAUUAACAAUCAAGGAGGGUUUGGAGGAGGCGACGGCUCGGCGGUGACGGGAGGAGCAGGGGAGGAUAUUAAUAUGAUGCUGCCGUUGAUUGGGGAUGCUACCAACAACUACCACAGCAUGAGUGAGUGUGUGCAGGGGAACUUACCAAGGGGGUUGCCGGAGAAUGGAGCAGGGGGCACCGGGAGGUCUUGCCGUCGAGGCUCGUGGAGAUCUGAAGCAGAUGUAGCCGGAGAUGAUGCUGCCUGGGCUGCUGCUGCUGCUGUAGCAUGA